AUGGCUAUAGUUUUGAGAUAUGUUGAUAGACUUUGGAUUGUAAAGGAAAGAUUUAUCGGAGUUGUUCACGUGUUGGAUAUAUCAUCUUUGACUCUUAAAGCCGUCAUCGAUACCGUUUUUUCCAUCAAUAACUUAACUAUCGAUCAGGUGAGAGGGCAAGGUUAUGAUGGAGCAAGUAAUAUGAGUGGUGCAUUCAACGGUUUGAAAUCUUUGAUUUUAAAUGAAAACAGUUAUGCACAUUAUAUACAUUGUUUUGCACAUCAACUUCAAUUAGUGGUUGUGGCGGUUGCAAAGAAACAUGAUGAUGUAGAUGAAUUCUUUGAACAACUAGGUUUGGUGGUUACUGUCGUUAGUGGGUCUUGUAAGAAAAAAGAUAUGAUACAAGGGAUGCAAAAAGAAAGAGUGGCAACCGAAAUUGGUAUUGGUGAAACUAAAAUAGGAAGAUGGUUAAAUCAAGAGAUUUUCUUGUUCAAGCUGGAGAUACUAGAUGGGAAGUUGUUGCAGUCCUUAAAUAUGCCAAAGAGGAGGGGGUCUACUUUAUCUAACUGUAAUCAAGCAAAAGAUAUGCAAAUUCAAGAAUUUGGGAAUAGAUUUAGUGAAGUUGGCACGGAGCUGAUGGAGAACAUGGCGGCUUUGAGUCCUUGUGACUCAUUUUCUAGUUUUGAUAAAGCAAAUUUGUUAAAGUUAAGCGACAUAUAG